AUGUCAACAGCUCAAUUCAUAUCAGAAUUAGUGGAAGAACAAAAAACUGGUGAUCCUAUGACUCAGUUGGAAAUUAAAUCAAAUCUACAAUUAUUACGAGAACAAGAAAUGAGGGCUUUACAGUCUAUUAAGAAAUUAAAUAAAGAAGAAAUGGCUCACAUUGACCCAUGGUUAUCUAUUUUACAUAAAACAUACGAAGAAUUGGCAUAUCCAUCUUUACAUCAUGUGCUUCAGGCAACUACAUAUUUUAAUGAUGAAUUACAAAUGUGGUAUGAAACAACAAAAAAUGAAAUUAAUUAUGAUUGGUCGAUAUUUUGUGAUCGAUUAAAACAAUAUAGUCUUAACCGUCAGAUAAGUCACAUUAAUUCUCCAACAGUGAAUCAUUUGUUAUCAAACAACAAUGAUAUACUUUCAUUCGAAAAACUUAUUGACACAAAAUUCAAUAAAUAUUCUGGUGUAGGUGAUGCAAAAGAUUGGUUAUUACAAACAAUGCAUCAAUUUCAACAAUGUGGAUUACGUCGGUUUGAACAACUUCAAGCCCUUCCAUUUUUAUUAGUUGAUAUAGCAUAUCUGUGGUAUGUAGAAAAUAUUGAUUUAAUUACUAGCUUUGAAUUCUUUAGUAAAUUAUUCCUUCAAAAAUUUGCACCUACAUCAUUGAAAACUCAAGAUAUUCUCCCUAGUGAUAAGGACAAAUCUUUAAUUGUUGUUACUAGUUCUUCAUUUACAUCACAUUUACACCAAACAAUAGCCGAUGAAAUUAUUAAAAAGCCAACAUAUCUUCGUGGUUCGAAAGAUGAUGUUCAUGAUUGGUUAGACGAAUUAGAACAAACGUUUUAA